AUGGUGGAUGAGGCUGUGGUCAACAUGAUCAUCAAGGACUCCCAGCCGUUCUCCGUUGUGGAGGAUGUGGGCUUCAGGGAGCUCAUGCACCUAAUGGAUCCCAACUAUAUUCUCCCCAGUAGAAAGGCUCUGAAAGCAAUGGUGGAUAUAAAAUAUCAGGAGGCCAAGGAGAAGGCCAGAGAGCAGGUCCAGAAGGCUGUGGCUGUCAGUCUCACGUCUGACAUGUGGACGUCCAUCAAUAUGGACGCCUACCUGGCAGUGACGUGCCAUUUCAUUGACGAUGAAGACCAGCUCUGCACUACUCUGCUUGGGGUGCAACAUUUUCCAAAGGCCCAUACAGCAGAAAACCUUGCAGCGGGGCAUGUACAGCUCAUGGAGGAGUGGGGCAUCAGAGAUAAGGUGAAGUGUCUUGUCACUGAUGGCGCAUCAAACAUGAACGCUUGUGUGAGACAGCUAAAUGUGAGGCAUGCAAUAUGCAUUGCUCACACAAUAAACCUUAUUGUUCACAAGUCCUUCGAUGAUGUGGAAGGACUAAAUGAAUUAAGGCAGAAAUGUAGGAGGUUGGUGACCCUCUUCCGCACAAGCACUACUGCGAAAGAGCGACUGGUCCAAGUGCAGGAGCAGAUGGGAAGGCAGCCCUACAAAAUGAUAAUAGAGGUAGACACGCGUUGGAACAGCACAUUCCUUAUGUUGCAGCGGCUGUAUGAGCUAAGAGAGCCAGUGGGGGCAGCCCUGGCCUCACUGAAAACAGACAUUACCCCCCUUACAGCAGCUGAGUAUGACUCUGUGAACAACACUCUGAGUGUACUCGCCCCAUUCCACCAAGCAACAGUUGAGGUUUCUGCUGAGAAGAGGGUAUCCUCCUCAAAAGUGAUACCUCUCAUGAAGAUGUUGCAUCAUGCAAUAACAAACAAGAUGCACACAAUGAAUGCAUCCACCAUUGCGAGGCAGCUGGGGGACAACCUUGUUCGACGUCUGAGGGACCACAUGAGUUCUUUGGAGUCAGCAGGAGACAAGAAGCAGUGA